AUCUUUUCCAGAAAAUAUUUGACAUACAAAAUUUAAAUUCUUAAUUCAUAUUCCUUUGCUAUUUGCUUGCUUGUUGAGAAAGAAGAAAAGAAACCGGCAUAUUAAAUAAAGUUCUAAAUAAUUCAACAACAUUAAAUUGUUAACUAAAACUUCUCUCAGAUUACAAAUAAAAUUUUAAAACAGAAUUAGUUUCGUUUGAAAUUUGCACAAGAAAAGAAGGAAGAACAAAAUGGAUCUUCCAUUAUCGCCAGAUGAUCUUAAGAAAUUAAAAACUUUUGUAGACUUGUGCUCUGCAAGUCCACAAAUCCUCAAUAUGCCUCAGUUGAGCUUUGUAAAAGAAUUUGUUGAAAAAUUCGGAGGAAAAGUGCCUGAAGGAGAAUUUAAAUUUCCUGGAGCGUGUCCAUUUAGUGCGAGUGCACCAAAACCCGAUCAACCUAAAGAAGAUGAAACAAAACAAUAUGAACACGUUGAUGAAGAUAUGGAAUCUGAAUCCGAAUCAGAAUUAGAACUUGAUAUGGAUGGAGUAAUUGAGCCUGACAAUGAACCUAGUCAAGCAAUGGGUGACGAAGACAAAGAGCCCACAGAAGAUGAAAUCUCGCAGGCAAGUGAGUUUCGUGGGCAAGCAGCUGCUGCUUUUUCAGAAGGACAGUUCCAGGAAUCCAUUGAUUUAUACACGAAAGCAAUUGAAUUGAACCCGGGCAAUGCUUUGUUCCAUGCCAAACGAGGACAGGCAUUCCUUAAACUUAAGAAGCCAAAUGCGUGCAUCCGUGACUGCGAUCGUGCCUUGGUAUUGAACUGUGAUUCAGCUGCGGCAUAUAAAUUCCGUGGCCGUGCUCAUCGUCUUCUUGGAAAUUGGGAAGAGGCAGCAAAAGAUUUGCGUCAGGCUUGUAAGUUAGACUUUGAUGAAGAUGCCGAUGAGUGGCUCCGUGAAGUUACUCCUAAUGCUAAAAAAAUUGAACAGCAUCGCAUUAAGCAAGAACGCAAGCGCGCCGAAAAGGAACUGAAGAAACGACAGGAGCGAGUGCGUCGAACACAAGAAGCAAAUGAAAAGGCUAGAGAUCAAAAUAAAGGCAAAGGAAGUUUUGGUCAGUCGGGUGCCGGAGGCGGACCUGGUGGAUUGAAUUUCCAGGACGUUCUUUCAGCCUUAAACGAUCCCGAAAUUGCAGCGGCUCUAGCUGACAUAAGUGGUAAUCCAGCAAAUGUGGAAAAAUACAAAAAUAAUCCCAAGAUUGCCAAGCUCAUUGAUUUAAUGAAGGGAUCAGGUUUAGCCGGAGGAAUGCCUGGUUUUCCAGGAUUCCCAGGUGGUUUUCCAGGAUCGGGUGGAAGUGCUCCAGGUGCCGCCACUGCACCGCCACAACCCCAAGCUUCUGCUCCCAAACCGCCUUUCCAAAAGCCAGACUUGGUUGAUGAUGGCCUUGAUUGAAAUGUCUUUUCACAAUAUUUUUUUUUUGAAAUUCAAACAAACACACUUGAAUCAUUCUAAACGGAAGCAUUUUUGUUGAGCUAAUAAGCUAGUUAAAGAACGAUUCAUCAAAUCCUGUCUCUCGAAAAAAUUAUACAAGAAAUAAUUAUCCUUAUGUUUUGUUAAGAAAAUGCUUUAGAAAUCUAAAUAAUAAAUUUUUGCUUUAAAGGUUCCUUUGAAAAUGUAUUUUGGUUUUAAAAGUAUUAAAUUA